UGAUUCCGUUAGAUUGGGAGGGAGAGCAGCUUCGUUCACCACCGCGGCCGCAACAACAAGCAGAGCAAAUUCACACCAGGCGACCCUCUUCUUCACACUCGGAAAGUGGGUCUGAAAUGGAUGCAUCGAUGAAUGCAAAUGCUGGGAUCGGUGGGAGUGGCGGCAAUGGGAUAAUGGUUCCUCAAACCAAUGAUACAGCCGGAACAACAGCAGGGGUGGACGAUCCAAAGCAAGACCUGAACCAGGUCAUUAACUCUAUUCAGAAGACUUUAGGGCUCAUUCACCAGCUCUACCUCACUGUCUCGUCCUUCAAUGCUGGCUCUCAGCUCCCACUCCUCCAGCGCCUAAAUGCUCUUGUUACGGAGCUUGACAAUAUGGCUAAGCUGUCUGAAAAGUGCAAUAUCCAGGUCCCUAUGGAGGUUUUUAAUUUGAUUGAUGAUGGAAAAAAUCCUGAUGAAUUUACAAGGGAUGUCAUAAACAGCUGUAUUGCCAAAAAUCAGAUCACCAAAGGCAAAACUGAUACAUUCAAGAGUUUGCGCAAACACCUCCUGGACGAACUUGAACAGACAUUUCCUGAUGAAGUGGAAUCAUACAGAGAAAUUCGUGCUGCUUCAGCUGCUGAAACAAAACGGCUUGCACAAGCACAAACUACAUUGCCAAAUGGAGAUGUGAAGGUCAAACCGGAGUUUUAAGAGUGACAUAUUUUGUUUCAGGUUAUUAGAUCCAUGUCUUACACUGUUUAGUCUUAAGGAUAUAAGACGGAAUGACUUUAAUUCCUAGUUUCGGUGUUGUAUGUUAGAUAUGUACGAACUGGGUACUCUGGAAAUUGUCAAUUUACUUUGGGACCA